AUGAUUCUCACGAAACAAUACCGCUGCAUCCACUCGGCCAGUUGUCUCUGCACAAAAGGGCAUCUUAAUGAAGAAGUCAUUUUCCUAGUUUUUCAUCACUUAAAUUGGAACCCUAUGUUGAUUGCGACACUUUCUUGCGCAUGCAAAUGGUUUGAUGAUCUUGCUAAGCGAGUUCUGUGGAAGGAAUUUUGUAGGACACGAGCUCCUAAGAUGAUGCUUGAUUUGCAAUCUAGUGGCAGUCACAGUAUUGAUGGGAACUGGAGGGCACUCGGGAAACUGCUAAUACACUGUUCUGGAUGUAGGAAGGGUGGCUUGUUCAAUAACAUUGACAUUCCUGGCCACUUUGUCCAUAGGACACGAUUCUCAAGGACAUCAGGGAAAAGCUUUCUAUUACCACAAUGCAGAACAGAUGUUUUGUAUGUGUCUGAUCCUUGCGAACAUCUUGAUCAAGGGGAUGAAGGGGAUGUUGGAUUCUUUCGUGGAAUAUUUAAAUGCUUUGCAAUGUCAAAGGUAAGGAAAGUACUGAUUAACAGAGGCGCUCCACUUCAUCCUACAGAGGUGCUUAUGAAGACUGCAUUGAUUAUUAUGUCUGCCUUAAUGGACAUGUGCUUGGUACUUGCAUCCUCUUGCCCUUGUCUGAUACUGAAGCAUCUGAGGAGUGACAUUUUGGUGAAAUUCAGUCGUGCAAUAUCAAGCAUAUCGAUGCGCCUCUCUCAUAGAAAUUUGGUGGAUGAGAAGUAG